UAUGCUACGAGUAGCCUUCUCGCUAGCUAUUGAUCGUCGGCGUUUAGCUCGACGGGCUAGCAAUGACUGGAUUGUUCCUUUCGGGUGUUUACCGCGAGGCGACCAGAAAUGGUUCUGUGGAAACCGCCGUACAAGGUCUGAACUGGAUUGUCAGCCUUGUGUAGUUUUUAGUUUGUGCCCCCUAAGAGUCCCCUGGGUUUCGGCUGACCAUGGUGGUCUGAAGAAAAGGAGGUGCUUUGUGUGUGCGUGUGUUCACUCAAAGGGAAGAGAAGAACCAAAUUUGCAAGCUUGAUUCCAAAAUGUCUCAAAACCGAGAACUGGUUGUGUUUUACAUUCGCCAUAAACUCUCACAGAAAGACUACCCACUCAACCACAUAGGACUCAGACAGGAAUUUAACAGGACUGAUGGGGGGGAGGAAGCCUCAGGCGAGGAACAGCGAGUACCGACGCACCCCAACGGGACUACGAACGGCUCAAGUCCGCCGGCAUCGCCGCUACGGGAGUCGGCGAGCCUGGACGCAGUGAAGAAGGCCCUGCAGGACUCGGCCAAUGAGUUUGAGGUGCGCUACUCCCACGCCUUCAGUGACCUGGACCAACAGCUGCACAUCACGCCUGCCACUGCCUACCAAAGCUUCGAGAACGUCGUGGAUGAGGUGUUCCGGGACGACAUCAACUGGGGUCGCAUCGUGGGACUCUUCGCUUUCGGUGGCGCGCUGUGCGUCGAAUGCAUGGAAAAGGAGAUGAGCCCUCUGGUCGGCAGGAUCAUCGAGUGGAUGACUGUGUACCUGGACAACCACCUUCAGCCCUGGAUAGAGAGCCAAGGAGGUUGGGAGCGUUUUGCUGAGAUCUUCGGCCACGACGCGGCAGCGGAGGUCCGCCGGUCCCAGGAGAGUUUCAAGAAGUGGCUUCUGGCUGGGAUGACCUUGGUGACCGGGGUGGUGGUAGGCUCUCUCAUCGCCCAGAAACGCCUGUGAUGGGAGGGGGGCCGUCACCGCCCUCAUUAUACACGCACACAUGUACACGCAUUAAAAGAAAUACACAACUCAAGUUCAAUUGAAGGUUCCGUUUGCUGAUGUUGACUCCUCUGCCAUCACUUGUUGGACUGAGAAUUUAUUUACCUUGUUGUUUUUGGACUGUUGUGAGAAAAAGUUGGAGGGUCUAUGUGUUCAUUUUAAUCCCCUCCACCCCUGCCACUAACCUCAGCAUAAACACAUAGACAUGUUAUGGUUUCAGCAGGUCCUUAUUUUUUCCUUCAUCCUAUGAGGAGGCUAAAGCUUGAUGGACCGCAAGAGUAUGUGAACCAGCCCAGCAUAUACAACAUACUACCCACAAAAAGUUUGGGAUAUAAGGCUUUCAGGCGCAAUUUCAGGAUGAACUUAAAAUGCAUGAUAAUCUUUUAGAGAAGGUCAAAUUAAAGUUUACCUGUAAGGGUUAUGGGCUUUAGGUUCAUCCAGAAAUUUCACCGGAAACCAAUAUCGAGAGCUUUUUGUGAGGGGUGUAUGUAUAUCCUAAGAGGAACUGUUAUAAAGCGUCCAAAAACAUUGAAACCACAAAUGAUCAUAAUAUAUAAUAAUGAACAUAUAUUAAUGUCAUUAUUUUUUUUAAUGGAUUUAGUAGGCCCCCAUUAUAAGUAACAGGUUCCCAUAGCUUGAUCCAAAAUGACUGCGUGGUUUCGGCCUUGGCUACUGCACUCUCCUGGUGUCCACGCUGCUCCUGGCUCUGGCAGACAUCGCUAGUCGAGCUUGGAUGUGCCAUAUGGAAAGUGAAGGGCAAGAUGUGGUUGCCGGAGCAGCGUGGAGCGGCUACUUCCUGCCAAGUGACUUUUUUUUUUUUUUUUUUUUAUAUAUAUAUAUAUAUAAAUGCUGCGUUCUUCUCCGACAGUCUCGCAUGGUAGUUUGUAAUGAGUGGUGCUUUUUUUUGUUUUUGAGAAGACCUUUUAACUGACAGAUACGGCAGUCCCAAACUAAAGUGAGCUCACAUUUUGCUCAUUUUGUGUUUUUAAGUUAUAUUUGGAUUUUUAAGCCAAUUGAAUCACAACACUCCCAGCUGAUUUAGUGCUCAAUCUUGAGUGGAGUUUUAUUUUAAUUUUACAGUUUAAUUUCAGUCAGCCAAAACUCGGUGUGUUUGUGUUGGGGGGGUGGGGGUGGUGUUGUCCUCAUUUACUAGACAGUAGCUGACGAAUGCAGCAAACGUAGCAGCUCACAUCACAGAUAGGACAUCUCUCAGCAUGAACAUGUUAGAUAUUUGGAUGUAAAGUUGUAAUGUUGGUAGCACUGAUCAUUUAACACCCCCUGUUUAACAUUUUCAAGUAUGAGCAGUUAAUAAAAGUUUAUGACACAG